AUGAAGCAUGAAAACGAGAAAAGGCACGAGGAGGAGAAGAAGAAGAAGAAGAAGAAGAGAAGAGAAAGGGGAGAGGGAGGGAAGAAAGCGAAGCCGUUAUAUAGUCGUCAGGUGGACCAGAAGGCGGUUGAGAAGGCGGUUGACGUUGACCAGGCACGAGGUUUGAAACUGCCUUGUGCUAUCACUUAA